GGUGGUUCGUCGGCAAUUGCAGCAGAACGUGGUUCGGUGCAUUUCGGAUCAUGAUCAAAGUCGGUAAAAAUGCGUAUCGGUUAAGCAGGCAAAGUUCGAGACUGCGUAACAAUAUUAAAAGACAAAAUGUUUUAGAAACGUGUCCGUGGUUUGUUCAGAGCAAGGCGCUGAGUGGUAUCAGCGACGAAUCAAUCAAAGAAGUAAUCAAAACUCAGAUUCCCGUCGGCUUGAACAUGAAGUGUAGAUGCGGAUGUAACGUCUGCUUCAAUAGGCCGAAGGGAGAUAAAAAAAUAGUGGAAUUUUUAAACGAAGAGAUUAAAACACAGUUUAAAAGAAAAGAUAUUAUAAGUAGAACAAUACCAAAUUUUGAAGGUUUUGAAGUAGAAAAUAGAAAAGCUGAAGUGAUACUUACAAAAAAAUUCCAUGAUGAAAGUCUUUCUAUUAAAAUUAAUGUUAAUCAUUCCAAUGAUGAUGAUGAGGAUGAUGAAGAUGAUGACAAUAACUUUGAUUUUGAUAUGCUUGGAAGAAAAAAAUACUUUUCAGUGGAAAAGGUAAAAAUUUUUCCAAUACAUUCGGUUGAUGCAAAAGUUUCUGGAAUUUUCUAGACCUGUAGAAUAUUCAAAAUUGUUCUCCAAUAGCUA